AAUGUGGGUUGCAGAAGGGUCAACCCCCACCCAGUGGAGCCUGAAGGAUGGGACCCAUGCUGGACACUUCCUGGCUAUGGCUGACAACCUCCGCACCAUGGGGCAGCUGGUGGAUGUGGCUGUGGGACCAGAGGGUGACAAGGCUCAUGCUGUGGUCCUGGCCUCCAUCAGCUCCUUCUUCCUCCACUUCCUGGAGGGCAGGACCAGAGAGCUUCACCAGGACCCCCCACCCCAUGUCCCUCUGCCACCUGGGGCCACACUGCAGGGCUGGCGGGCCAUGCUCGCCUUUGCCUAUCAGGGAACGGUGCCCCAUGGCCAGGAGAAGGAGGUGGAGGAGGCUGCCCGGGCCCUGGGGGCCCCCCGGCUGGUGGCCGCCUGUACCCUGCGACUGGAGAUUGACCUCAAGGAGGAAGUACCUGAGCCCCUGGAGGAGCAGUGGGAGACACUAAGAGCCAUGGAGCAGCUGCAUGCCAAUGGUCUGGGCUGUGACCUCCAGCUCCAGGCAGGGGACGAGGUCAUUCCAGUUCAGCGCCUGGCCCUGAGCUGCUCCUGUGACUUCUUCCGAGCCCUCUUCACUUGCCCAAUGCGGGAGGCCACCCAUGACCCUUCUGCCCCCCUGGUCACGGGGCUGUCCCCAGCCGAGCUGCGCCUUCUCCUCUCCUUUGCCUACACAGGAGCUGUAGCAGGGCCAUGGCCCAUGGUCCUGGAGGCAGCUGAGACCUCCCUGCGCUACCAGGCCUGGGGGCUCCUCACUCUCUGCCUGGAUGUUUUCACCCAUGGCCUGACUCCAGAAACUGUCCCAGAUGUACUGACCUUUGCUGUGGCUUAUGGGCUGGACGAGGUGGGCCACGUAGCAGAGAACUACAUCCUGGCCACCUUCCCCAGUGUGGUGGCUACACCAGCCUUCCUAGAUCUUCCUGCACACCUUCUCAUUCGCCUCCUCCGCUCUGAUGGUCUCAAUGUCCUCCAUGAACUGGAAGCCUUGGAAGCAGCCUCCCGGUGGCUUAUGGCCAACGGAGAUGGCCAGGAGGAUCUAGCCAAGGAGGUCCUGUCAUCUGUUCGCUUUGCCCUCAUGUCUGGCCUGGAGCUGAAGAAGGUCCCAUCUGUGACUGCAGGGGUAGCUGACCCGAAGGUCCUCCGCGAGCUCGUGGUAUCAAGUUUCGCCCCCAUGGCUCAGCUGCCGUGCCGGGUACGUUCCUUGCAAGAGGUGCUGGUGGUUUGUGGUGGAGACAAAGUGACGGGCAACCUGGCUGCCCGGAAGCCCAGCAGACACCUCUGGUUUGCAGACCGCUACCUCAGUGCUGUGGGGCUGGUGAAGCAGGUUGAGUGGCGGGCACUGGGACACUUUCCUGAUGGCCCACGCUUCCGCCAUGCUGUAACUGUGGUGGGCAACAAUCUCUACGUCCUGGGCGGAAAGCACUACUACGGGGUCCAUGACACCCUGACCAGUGUCUACAGGUACCAGCCUAUGGAUGAUUCCUGGGAGCGUCUGGCCAGCAUGACAUGUGGACGGAGCUACUUUGCUGCUGUGGCACUUGGGAAUUUCAUCUAUGCCCUGGGGGGCAGCUCAGGAGAGCUCUACUGCACAGACACUGUGGAGUGCUAUGACCUGGCCAAUGACACCUGGAGGAGGUGCCAGCCCCUGCUGACGGCUCUGUGUGGGCACGCGGCGUGUGCCCUGGACGGCGCACUCUACGUGUCGGGUGGGUGUGAUGACGCGUGCCAGUGCCAGGCAUCCCUGCUGCGCUAUGUCCCGGGUGCAUCUGCCACGUUCCUGGCCCCCAUGAAUGGCGAGCGAGCUGGCCACAUCAUGGAGGAGGCAGGUGGGCAGCUCUACGUGGCUGGGGGCCUGUGCCAGAGGGCUGGGCAGACUGGCUACAGGGACCAGCUGACUUUUGAGGUCUACAAGCCCAAGCAGAACAUCUGGGUUGUCCUCAGCCCCCUGCCCCGUGCCCAUGUAGUUGGGGGUGCAGCUGUGCUGGGAGGGGAGCUGCUUGUACUGGGAGGUUACAGUCAUGAGACCUACCAGGACACGCACUUGAUCCACGCCUACCAGCCAGGUGCCCAGCGCUGGAUCACCCGAGGCACCUUGCCCCAUGCCUAUACUGACCUACAGGCCUGUGUCCUCACUGUACCCACUGCCUUGCGUGGCCCCAGCAGCCUUAAGGACCUUGAGAUCACCUCAAACUCCAAAUAA